AUGGCGCGAUCGAAGAUGUCGCUGGUGCUGACGGCUGCGGUUGCGAUGGCCCUCUGCAACAGCGUGGCGUUUGUGACCGAGGCGAUGCUUUUUGACCGGUUCGUGCGUGCCAUGCUAGCUGUGCCCAGGGUGCUCGAGCAGCCCGCCUUCGCUCAGAGGAUGGAAGGAGAGUUCAAAAACCCCCAAUACAACGAGGAGCCGCCAACCUCCGACCUAACUUACCUGCUCCUUUUCACGGCUGCUCUUCUCUUCUACAUUGGCAAGACAGCCUUCGACAAGAGUGGCGCGAAGAGCUUGGGUGAUGCAGUGAACAAGUGA